GACUCAAGGAUCAUGUUUGUUUUUGGUGGGGAGAGAAGCAGCAAGCUGCAUUCGACCAAUGGAAGAUCGCGAUCACGUCGCCGCCCGUCCUUCGCAUUGCCGAUCCUGACAAUCCAUACGAAGUCAUCACCGACGCCAGCGACAUUGCCAUUGGCACAAUUCUUCUACAGGAUUUUGGCGAAGGAUUACAGCCAGUCACCUACGAAUCACGAAAGCUGCAGGGUGCACAGAAAAAAUACACGGUACACGACAAGGAAAUGUUGGCGAUCGUCCACGGCGUUCAAGACCUGGCAAUGCUACCUGACAAGCGCUGACGUCACUGUGCGGACCGACCAAAAAUCCCUCCAGUACCUGCGAGCCCAACCGAAUCUCAACCCACGACAGAUCCGAUGGCUCGAUUUCCUCGAAAAAUUACAGCUGAACAAACUGCCCAACUGUUCAUCGCGAACGUCAUCAGCCUGCAUGGACUGCCCACCGCCAUUAUUUCAGACCGAGACCCGAAAUUCACAUCGAAUUUCUGGCGCCAUCUGUGAGACCAGUUCGUUACCAAACUAUAGUUUUCCUCGGCCUACCACCCACAGACUGACGGGUAGAUCGAACGAGUCAACCAAACUAUGGAGCAGCUCAUUCGGACUAACUGCACUGACCUACAGACAUUGGAGAAAUCUUUUCCGCUGCUGGAAUUCGCGUAUUAUAACGCGCCUUCCGCAACAACCCAUCACUCCCCAUUUUUCCUCAAUUACGGAUAGGACCCAGUGACAGACUAGUCCUUGGACUACCCAAAUUUGUAAGUAUAGCUCGCUGCAUUUCGAAGCGAACAUCUCGAGGCAGCGCUACUGCAAAGCGAACCCUAAACCUGUAGUUCGCACUUACUGCCGCGCCGUCCAUCGCGGCGUGAUGGAGCGCGCCGCCCUUCAGCUCGGCGCGCUGCUCCUGACGUGCCUCGCGGUCUCGCGAGUCGACUGCGUUCCCCUCGCCAACUCCCAGGCGCAAGUCCUGCUGGACUGGCAGACGGCGUGGAACACAACGAUAAAAGGCUGGGAAGUGGGCGGGGACUGCAGCAGUGCGAGCAAUCUCACCUGCGAUGCCCAAGGCAUGAUAACGGGCAUUCCGACUUCCUCCGGGCAUCUCCAGUCCGACUUCCUCCGGGCAUCUCCAUCCCCUCCUCGCUCCCUCUUCUCCUCUCUCUCCCUCCAUCCGUCACUCUUCCCCUCCUUUCUCUCACUUCCUCCAUCCAUCACCCUCCCUCCUUCCUCUCACUCCCUCGAUGAUCGAUCCCUCACUCUCUCCCGCAAGUGACUUCCCGAGUCGGCUCUGACUCAACCUGGCGGCUAGUUGAUUCUUGACUCGACUCGGUUCGAGUUGGGCCUCCCAAUUCCUGACUCGAUAGGCAAGGGCUCGGGAGAAGGAUGCAUGUCAAAACAGAACUGUCAAGCAGCAGUUAUGUCUUCCCAUGGAUGUAUGCAAGUUCAUUGGAUGGGCCGGCCAGUAUACGGGCUCGAGAUCUCUUGGACCCAGCCUGAUGCACGCCAAGGCUUGUGCGUGCGGCCUGUGCGGCCUGUGUAGAUAGAGUGGCCGCGCGAAACGCAAGUUGUGCGCAGAUAGAGUGGCCGGCGGCUGCGCAGAUCAGCAGACGUAGCUCCACGAGCCUGGAGGUUGCUAGGCCCGUCUCGGGCCGGCCUGACCCUUCCUCAGCCCACGGGCCACAGGCCAACCUCGAGGCUUGUCCGAUGAACAGCAAACUCGAUUUAAACUUGCCAAAAAAUGUCAAUCAAGUCGAGUUUAACUCGCGACUCGACCGAAUCUACCCGUGUCAAGUCGGUCGAGGCCAAGUCGGGGCAACGUUAAAAGUUUGCUCAUGCCUACCUGCCGAGCUUUUGAGAGUCGGACAUCAUGUUGAGUGGAUUAUGCUUAGGCUUGAGCAAAACCGGGUAAAUACCCAACCCGACCUGGUUUUGCUAUACCCGACUUCGGGCUGGGUAAUUUCGGGUCGAGUCCGUGUCGGGUAUUACAUCCUGGACCAAUACCAGACCC